GUUAUAGGAUCGUAUAGACAACGUUCUACACGCGGCUUGCUGCCGUUUAUUGAACUAAACGGUAGACAAAUAGCAGACUCUCAAGUGAUUAUUUGGGAACUGCAGAAGCAUUUCAAACUUGAGGAUGGCCUUGUUGGGAUGGAACGAGGGGCGGCUCGUGCUUUGGAGCGUAUGGUUGAAGUCAGCACUUUGCAUGCUCUUCUCCAAGACAAAUCAGUACUAAAUGGACCUGCGUUCAUGAGUCGCCCUGUUAGCGGUCUGCCACUCCCAGCUUUUGUCACGAAUUUUUUGGCAAAACGAUUCUCAGAAACUAUCAGAAAACGAGUAGAUGGCGUGUUGGGAAAGUUAUCGCGAGAUGAGCUAAGAGAAUUGUUACGACGCGAUUUACGAGCGAUAGAUGACGUACUCGAAGAUAAGAAAUUCUUAUUCGGAGGCAAAAUGACUGUGGUACGUGAAGGAACAGGAUGA